GGAGGGUGGUGUCGCCGCUCGACUGUCCUUUGAGACGUAUAGGAGGCGAGUGUCGAGCAGCGUCGUUCUUAUCUCCCUCCGUCCCGGGGCACUGUCGAGAUGAAGCCGUUGUGGGGACUCGGCCUGUUGUGCCUCCUUCUCCUGGCUGCCUCUGCUCAGGCUGAUGAACUUGAUGUGGAUGGCACUGUCGAAGAUGACUUGGGUAAAAGCAGAGAAGGAUCUCGGACAGAUGAUGAAGUUGUUCAGAGGGAAGAGGAAUCUAUCCAAUUGGAUGGUUUAAAUGCAUCCCAAAUAAAACAAAUUAGGGAAAAAUCAGAAAAGUUUGCAUUCCAGGCUGAAGUAAACAGAAUGAUGAAGCUUAUUAUCAAUUCACUUUACAAAAAUAAAGAGAUUUUCCUUAGGGAAUUGAUUUCAAAUGCAUCUGAUGCCCUAGACAAAAUACGGUUGAUGUCAUUGACUGAUGAAAACGCUCUUUCUGGUAAUGAGGAACUCACAAUAAAAAUUAAGUGUGAUAAAGAGAAGAAUAUGCUUCAUGUUACAGACACUGGAAUUGGCAUGACCAAAGAUGAGCUAAUCAAAAAUUUGGGUACCAUUGCCAAAUCUGGUACAAGUGAAUUUCUAAAUAAGAUAACUGAAAUGCAGGAAGAGAACCAGUCAACUUCUGAAUUGAUUGGUCAGUUUGGUGUUGGCUUCUACUCUGCCUUCCUUGUGGCAGACAAGGUUAUUGUUACCUCAAAGCAUAAUAAUGAUAGUCAACACAUCUGGGAAUCUGACUCAAAUGAGUUCUUUGUAAUUGGAGAUCCUCGGGGUGAUACCUUGGGAAGAGGCACUACUAUAACUCUUGUUUUAAAAGAAGAAGCUUCAGACUAUCUUGAACUAGAUACAGUUAAAAACCUGGUCAAGAAGUACUCCCAGUUCAUAAACUUCCCUAUUUAUGUAUGGAGUAGCAAGACUGAGACUGUAGAAGAGCCUCUUGAAGAUGAAGAAAUAAAAGAGAAAGAUGAGACAGAUGACGAAGCUGCUGUGGAGGAGGAGGAGGAAGAGAAAAAACCCAAAACUAAACAGGUUGAGAAAACGGUCUGGGAUUGGGAGCUUAUGAACGACAUAAAACCAAUUUGGCAGAGGCCAUCUAAAGAAGUGGAAGAGGAUGAAUACAAAGCUUUCUACAAAUCAUUUUCUAAGGAAAAUGAUGAUCCAAUGACUUACAUUCACUUUACUGCUGAAGGAGAAGUUACAUUCAAGUCCAUCUUAUUUGUUCCCAGUACUGCUCCGCGUGGCUUAUUUGAUGAAUACGGAUCCAAAAAAAGCGACUUUAUAAAGCUGUAUGUCCGUAGAGUAUUCAUCACAGAUGACUUCCAUGACAUGAUGCCCAAAUAUCUUAACUUUGUCAAGGGUGUUGUAGAUUCAGAUGACCUUCCUUUAAAUGUGUCUCGUGAGACUCUCCAACAGCACAAACUACUAAAGGUAAUCAGAAAGAAACUUGUCCGGAAGACACUUGAUAUGAUCAAAAAGAUUGCUGAAGAAAAAUAUAAUGACACAUUCUGGAAAGAAUUUGGCACAAAUAUCAAACUUGGAGUGAUUGAAGAUCAUUCAAAUCGGACUCGUCUAGCUAAACUUCUUCGUUUCCAGUCUUCUCACCAUGAAAUCAACCUUACUAGUCUAGAUCAGUAUGUAGAAAGAAUGAAAGAGAAGCAAGACAAAAUCUAUUUUAUGGCUGGUUCAAGUAGAAAAGAGGCUGAAUCUUCACCAUUUGUGGAACGGCUUCUGAAGAAGGGUUAUGAAGUAAUAUAUUUGACAGAACCAGUGGAUGAAUAUUGCAUUCAGGCUCUCCCAGAGUUUGAUAACAAAAGGUUUCAGAAUGUUGCUAAAGAAGGAGUAAAGUUUGAAGAAAGUGAAAAGUCAAAGGAAGCUCGUGAGGCUUUAGAAAAAGAGUACGAACCCCUACUAACUUGGAUGAAAGACAAAGCUUUAAAGGAUAAAAUUGAAAAAGCAGUAUUAUCUCAGCGAUUGACCCAGUCACCAUGUGCUCUUGUAGCUAGUCAAUAUGGAUGGUCUGGCAACAUGGAAAGAAUUAUGAAGGCUCAGGCUUACCAGACUGGGAAAGAUAUCUCUACAAACUACUAUGCAAGCCAAAAGAAGACAUUCGAAAUUAAUCCUAGACAUCCUCUCAUAAAAGACAUGCUCAGGCGUGUUCAGGAAAAUGAAGAUGAUCAAACAGUUGCAGAUCUUGCUGUGGUUCUAUUUGAAACUGCUACCUUAAGAUCAGGAUAUCUGCUGCCAGAUACAAAGGAAUAUGGAGAAAGGAUAGAAAGAAUGCUUCGCCUGAGUUUGAGCAUUGACCCAGAAGAAAAGGUGGAAGAUGAGCCUGAAGAACCAGAAGAAGCUGCUGAAGAGGCAGAACCAGAAGAGGAAGUUGAAGCUGAUGAAGAUACUGAAGAGAGUGAAACAGAGAAAAAGGAGUCUACAGAUGUAAAAGAUGAAUUGUAAAAUGCACUCUCAAAUACUAUCCUGUAUUUUGGAUGAAGCAGGAAUGUGAACUGAAUUUGUUUUUUCACUGUAAAAUGUUGGGGGGAGGCUUAGGGUUUUGGGCAGAAAAAUUUUUUAAGUUGCAUUUUUUAAACAUUCCUCACAAUGUAAAUUUGUACUAUUUAACUGACUGCUUGGUGUAAAAUUUUGUCAUGUGUACAAAAUUAAAAUGUUCACACCA